GUACUUAGUUACCAUGGCAACAAAAUACAAAAGACCGUCAACAAUCACCACUGACAUUUUCAAGUCAUUCAUUUUACUUGAAUAAAAAAGUAAUAAAUCUUAUAAGACAUGUUGCUUUAUUACUUUUAUAUUAGUCGUUGAUUAUUUGAGCUGUACAGGACAUGCCUCUAAAUAUCCACAGAACUAAAAUAGUUAUUCUAGGAGAUUCGGCCGUUGGAAAAACUGCUCUAACACAAAUGUUUGUUUCUGAUGGCACCAAUUUUCCUAAAAACUACAAUAUGACAAUAUCAGUGGACGUUCAUCAGAAACAAAUUAUAAUUCCUUCGACUGACCAUGCAGUUGAAUUUCUGAUUUUCGACUCAUCAGGCUCAGACUACUUCCGAGAGGCAUUGCCCAAGUGCUGGACUGAGUCGUCCCUAUUGGCUAUUGUCUAUGACGUCACCCAGCAGGAAUCGUUCGAGUCGGUGCCUGAUUGGCUGGACACGGCUUUGAGUAGCCAAUGGGCGUCCAGCAGCAGUCACCGGCCCUUGGCUCAGGCUUUGAUAGCCAAUAAGAUUGAUCUCACUGCUCGCAGAUUCGUUACCGAGGAAAUAGGUCGCAAAAUGGCCGACAAGUAUGAUUUUCAGUACUUUGAAACGUCAGCGAAAGAAAAUCAAGGAAUUGAGGAUGUGUUCAUACGGUUCGCAAAAGAAUGUCUAACGAACUCAAAUGUCGGGUCUCCAAAAAGGAUAUAAAAUUUUUGAAGUUUUCUUUUGUAGAGUUAUUGUUAAAUUGCAAAUAAAUAUGAUUUUAAAAGAAAUAGCUUUUAUUUUUAUUACACUUUGUUCACAAACAAAUUUUCAGUGAGCUUGAAUUAUGUCAAGAUUUUCUUAAUUACACAAUUGCACAACAUGACAGAUACAGUUCUGAUUACAGAUAGAUAGUACAGUGUUUUGUAAAGAGUGUGUUUUCUCAAUUUUUAACGUAAGAAUUGCGGUAGAUGUAAAAGAACUGCGAUGCUUUUCCACUUUCAAACAAUUGUUGUUGUGUAGGUGUAGAUAAUUAUCAUGUUGAAACAAUCUAAAUUAUACAAGAUUAUACUAUAAAAUAUAAUUGCACAGGACUUGAUUACAGAUAAAUUGUAAACUUUAUCGCUGAUAUUUAAGGUGAGUCAUUCAAUUUCUGAAUAUAUUUGUUCAACCAAAGCUAAUAACGUAAUAAUUAUAAAUAUAAUAACAUUGAUCAGUGCGACCAGUAAUCCGAUAUUCUAAUUACAUUUUUUGUAAAAUUUGAACUAUACAUAACUCUGAAAUUAUAUAAUAUCGGUAAUGAUAAAGUUCACAACGCCCAUUAUUCAAAUAAUUUUCAUGAGGUACACAAAUCACUCAUUUGGUAAAUAAAUGUAUAGCAGUAGUUGAAUUGCGAAAGAUUCAGUCUACUUCGUGAACAUCAGGAUUGAGCAAAGCCGGAUGAUCAUUCAAUGGUAGGAGCAUUCGCUUUUUGGGAGUUGGUACACCAUUCUCGUCCUGAGAAAUGGUUCUUGGAGAUUCACACUCCACUUGAUGGAAUGACGUCUUCUUCACCUGGAUCUCCAGUUUGUUGUACUGGUUCCUCUAACAUGACAAAUAUUAUAGUUAUUGUUUUAUUCCAUUACAAUAAUACUGAACAGAAAUUCUCGAUUUUUCCAUUAUCAUGAAAAUUGAGAACAAGAUAAGCAACAGGCAACUAGCCCUUUCAAGAAUGUUAUCUAUUGAAUAAAAGUGACAAAUAAAAUUAUAAUACUCUCCAAGUUUGAUAAUGCAAU